UGGAAGGCGCCACAAAAAAAAGGGACAAAUGAGAGGCACGGGCUUUCAACACUAUAUUGAUUUGAAUAUUCGUGCACCACUUUCAACCUACAGCCAUUGUUCAAGUACCGCGCUGGACGCUCAACUGAAGACAAGGUCUAUCCGUGGCAUAGUCUGCUUUACGCCGUCUCGAAUCAUGAUUUCCAAGAUUCGAUGACCAUUAUAUCAACGAGCGAACUGCACCUAGCUUGAACAUCAAGCGCAAGUAUCUUGUGGCGAACUCGUUUGUCUUGUCAUCGGGUUUAAGUGGCACCAGAGCACAAUGUGCUUGAUUCCUUUGUUCCGGGAAGCGUCAAGGCCGUUAUUCAGGAGAGCUAUAAUAGGCUCUUUGUAUUCCGCUUAUAGCAAUACCCAUGGAACUAUUUCAACGACUACGCACGCUUCCUCUUUUCGUUUCACAUUCUACACUUUUACCUUCACACAAUAUACCUGGAUUUUGAACACCUCACUUCAUUCGCAGCAUUUCAUAAUAAUGAGAUCUGACCUUGAGAGUCGUCUCUCGAAAAUUGUCGGAACAUCUCCCAAGACCAAGAUAGAAAAUCCCCCCAAGUAUGAGCGGGUUAACUCCCAAUACCUGGAAUCAUUUGUCUUUGGCUCAGCAAGUCCAAGACAGCAAGAGCUAUUGACGAUAGGCGAACACUUUGACGACCAGCGCCCGCCAGCAUGCGAUGUGAAUAAAGCGUUGCCGCCCCACCCAGCAAAUCGAAGCAGACUGCUGGGCGCGCGUCGCGUCACCCUAUGUGUCUGCGCCAGUAUCUUUUUCAUCCUUGCAAUCACACUCGCGCUGAAUAUAUCGAUAACAAUCAUACUUCGACAACACAAGAACGCGCAUGAAGACAGAUCAGCCACACUUUCACCGAUGCUGCUUGAGCCGUUCGCGACCAUCCAUGGGCAGAUGCGGGGCCCAACCUGGACCUCUGGGGUACCCUUGGUCCUGUAGGAACUCACUCUAUGAGAUGGUCAUGAAAUCCUCAUAUAAUGGCCUGUGCCGAAAUCUCACAGCUACAAAAAGUUCAGUGUUGACUGUCAGCCACUGUGCACGGUGUCACCUUCUAUGUUGCUAAGUGUCAAGUACUUAACACGAUGAUCGCUUGUGCUGUCUUCUAGCUUCACAAUGUUCCCGCAUGACUUAAAGUUGUUGCUUAACAACUACCUGUUUUGGAAGACUGCACAAGUUUCCUUCCUGCUCCGCACGUCGUACCUACCAAUAUCAAACAGCACUU